AUGACUACUAAUACAAUCUUAAGUCAACUUAUUGUUGAUCAAUCAAAAUGUGAAGCUGCUCGUACUCAUUUACCAUCCUAUGAUCGUAAUCAACUUAAACAUGGCAUUGUUCAUUUAAGUGUUGGAAAUUUUCAUCGUUCACAUUUAGCUUAUUAUAUGGAUAUAUUAGCAAAUGAACAUAAACAAACGGAUUGGGGUAUUGUUGGUAUUGGAGUUCGUUCAUUUGAUAAACCAAUGAGUGCUGUAAUGAAAGCACAAAAGGGUUUAUAUACAUUAGUAACAAAAGGUAAUGAUGAAAAUGAUGUUGAUGUUCGUAUAAUCGGUUCUCUUAUUGAUUAUAUUUUUGCACCUGAUGAACUUGAAAAUGCAUUAGCCAUACUUGUACAUCCCGAUACAAAAAUUGUUUCAAUGACAAUUACUGAAAGUGGCUAUGAUUUAGAUAUGAAUAAUGUUGAUAUUCAACAUGAUUUAAAAAAUUCCAAUCAACCUAGAACAAUAUUUGGUUUUAUUGUUCAUGCAUUAGAUGCACGUCGUCGUGCUAAUGAAAAGCCAUUUACGGUAAUGUCAUGUGAUAAUGUUCAACAAAAUGGUGAAGUUACAAAAAGAUGUGUUUUACAAUUUGCUAAAGGAUUAAAUAAUACUCAAUUAAUUGAAUAUAUCGAAAAACAAGUAACAUUUCCAAAUGCUAUGGUUGAUCGAAUUACACCUGCAACACAUGAUGCUGAUCGUGAAUAUGUUCGUUCACGUUGUGGUAUUGCUGAUGGAUGGCCUGUAAUAACUGAACCUUUUGUUCAAUGGGUUAUUGAAGAUUCAUUUUGCAAUGGACGACCUCCAUUGGAAUUACUUUCAUCAUCACCAUACAAUGUUCUUCUUACCGAACAUGUUGAAGCAUAUGAAUGUAUGAAAAUGCGCCUUUUGAAUGCAUCACAUACAGGCAUGUGUUAUCUGGGUCAUUUAAUGGGUUAUACUUAUAUUCAUGAAAUAAUGUUAGAUAAAUAUAUUGCAAUUUAUAUUGAACAAUUAAUGAAUGUUGAAGUUACACCAACUUUACCACCAGUACCUGGUAUUGAUCUUGAACAAUAUAAACGUACACUUAUUGAACGUUUUUCAAAUCCACAUAUUAAAGAUACGGCUUUACGAGUAUGUAUGGAUGGAGCAUCGAAAUUUCCAAAAUUUCUUGUACCUACUAUUGUUGAACAACUUAAACGAGGAAAUAAUCCACAUUUUUGUGCAUUAGCUGUUGGUGCUUGGAUACGUUAUUUAAGUGGAUUUGAUGAACAAAAUAAACCGAUUAUAUUGCAAGAUGCAUUAGCUGUUGAACUUAAAUUAAGUGAAUUAGCUGUAAAAAUAAAACCAGGUGCAAAAGAAAUUCUAAGUAUUAAACAAGUCUUUGAUGUUUUAGCUGAAAAUUCUCAAUUUAUUGAAUCUGUUGAAAGAGUUGUUCAACUUUUAUAUGAAAUUGGUUCAAAAGAAACGCUUAAAAAAUGGGUUAAUGAAGCUUCAACCAAAAAAUAA